AUGGGGCUAUGGGCUCAGCAUUGCCCGUCUACUAUUCUCGAUAACUCCUUUGAGGUUAUGACCGGCUCAAGAAACCCAUUAAAGUACCGACUCGAAAGUCGUGGGGUUCGACAAGGUGAUCCUUUGUCUCCGUUUCUGUUUUGUCUUGCUGAAGAGGUUCUUAGCCAUGGGAUAUUGCAUUUGGGAGAUAAAAGAAGCUUAGUGAACCUUAUGGGUUUCUUUGAGAAGUAUGGACUCAACUCCGGGCAGUUUGUGAAUAAGAGCAAAUCUCAUGUUUACUUGGGCAAGUCAGCUGUUCAUCGUCGUGCUCUUAUUUAUUCUUGGUUGGGUGUUCCAAUGGGGAAGUUUCCUUUCAUGUACCUUGGAGUGCCAAUUUUUGUGGGUCGACCUAAGCGUGUCUACUUCCAAGUCUUGACUGAUCGAAUUCGUAAUGCAAUGUCUAAUUGGAAGGGGAACUCUCUCUCUAUGGCAGGAAGAGUAACACUGGUCAAUUCUGUGGUGAUUAGCAUGCUCUCUCAUAGUUUCACAAUUUAUGCCUGGCCUAAGACCGUCUUACAGCAAGUUCGUAACUGGAUUAGAAAUUUUAUCUGGACAGGUAACGUGUCUUGUAGAGCUUAUUACCCUGUUGCUUGGAAAAAAUGUUGUGCUCCGUUGAAGGAGGGGGGUCUUGGUGUUCGAAAUAUUAUGGCUCUUAAUCAAGCUUUCCUCUUGAAGAAGUUUUGGGAUUUCUUAACAAAGUCUACAACUGCGGCUGUAGUGGGGAAUGGUCACUCAAUUGAUUUUUGGCAUGGUAAUUGGCUCAAUGGUUCAAUUAUUGAUAAAUUGGGUAUUGCGCAUCAGCUUGGUAAGUCGCUAUGUGGGAAAGUGUUUGAUUUCAUUUUGAAGGGCUCAUGGUUUUGCUCUACUAAUCUAAAUGCUGAGCUUGCGGCGCUUUGGUUAGAAAUUUUGGCUAUUCAGCUUCCUUCUUAUGAUAUUGAUGACAAGCUUGUUUGA